UGGUGCCGGCUAGAGAUCCAGUUAUAACUGGCAUACGUUCACGUUACAAAGUUGGUGAUAUAGUGCGAGGCAAUUGUACAUCGGGACACUCAAGGCCAGGUGCAAAUAUCACGUGGUAUAUUAAUGGUUAUGAGACAAAUCCGGUACACAUUAAACAUUACAAACCUGUAAAGGAUACACGUGAAAUGGAGACAAUAACAUCGGGCAUACAUUUUGUGGUAACACCGCAACAUUUUAUUUAUGGCAAAUUAAAAAUACGCUGUACAGCCCACAUACACGAUGUCUAUUGGAAAUCUACAGAAAAAUCAGUUGAAGAAAAUCGUCAUGCCACCAAACAGGCUGGCAAUGUCAAUGUGGUGCAUACAUUCUCUGAUGAUUAUUUCGAUAUGGAUGAUGAGGAUAAUGUCAUUGAUCGUUCGGAUACAUAUAUGACACAUAUUAAAGGUAAGAUGGCGAUGAAGAAUGAGAAUACGGAAUUGUAA